CGCUGCCGGCAACUUUGUGAUCGAGUUUAGUGCGUGCGUGAGCAAGUGAUCCAAAAGUCGGUGUGGCGCCGAGUCCCCGGGAGGAGGGUCCCCGGGGAGGGCCAGGUCUGGGCCCCAGAGGCCGCCCUCCUCCAGCCACUGCAUCCCUACCUCCGCUGUGGCUCCCUCCCCAUUUCCUCCCCCCACGGUCCUCCCGGGCCUUCCCGCCGCCGUCCGCAGUUACCUGUCCCCUCCCCCUCUCGGCGCGCACCUCCCUUCCCCCGACCCGCGCCCACCCCGGGCCGGUUUCGGACUGCGGACCCCCGCCGCCCCACUAGCUUCCUGCGCCGGCCGCCCUUGGCUCUUUCUCCCGGGGGCAGGCAGGCGGGAUGGGGGGCGCUGAGCCUCGGGGCGGCGCGAGCGGGGGCCCGGGCGCCUAGACAAUAGUUGAUGCCCGAGGACGGGCACUCCGCCUCCGCGCCUCCAGGAGCUCAGCCCCCGCCGGCUGCGCGCCAGCCUGCAUUCCGGGUCCCCCUCGGAGCCAGGCUCGGGGCUUGCGCCGAUUCCGCCUCCCCCGGACGCCCUCCGCUCGGCGGCUCGGCGGUGGGCGCUCGCCCCGGCCCGGCCUCGCCGCCCGCCGUCCUCCGCAGAGGAGGCGGCGAGUGAGCGCGCGCCGACCGUCUACGCGGUUUCUCUUUCUCCCCAGGGGGAGCGCGCGGCGGACGCGCCCGGGACGCGCGGCUGCACCGGGAGGUCGGGCGGAGCGGUGAGAUUUCAAAUUUGAAUCUCCUGCAGUACUGACUGUAACCUAAUUUCCAAGAGUUUUACAAAAGGUAGAAUCCAAGGACUAUACUUUCAGGUUUUGAGAGAUUACCUCGAGUUGGACUGAAAAGCAAGAUUUGCUACUCACUUUGAAAUGGAAUCAGGUUAUACAUUAUUAGUGUGGAUGAUGUUGUCUAAAUUUCUAUAGCCAUGGCACAAGAAUACAGAUGUACGCAACCAUGCAGAAUGUUGUACUCAGAAUCUCUGCCUCCUGCCUGACGUGCUCAUGAGCAAGUUCGUUUUCGUGCCCGUCACCUGGAAGGAUGCUAACUGUUCUCUGUAGUCGGUUGGAGGACAUGGAGAGGGCCACCCAGAGCAGCAUUUUGUUUCUGCGGUCUUCAUAAAUUAGCGUUGACGGGGUGGAGGAGGUUGCACUGCGUAAGGAAAUGCAGGCAUUUUGUUCAUUAGUGACAUACUUCUAGCUUUAAGAGUAGACGAAACUAAGGAGAGCUGGGAAGAGGUGGUGAAUGCCGGAUUCAUGCUGAAAAACUCCUCCUCUGGAGAAAGCAUGGGAUUAUGGCCAUCACAGAGUCUCAGUAAUACAAGUUCCAUUCAGCUUUUUCUGAAAGAAAGCCGUCUAUUAAAGUGAAGCAAAGGAGCUGUGGUGAAUUAUAAUGCUUUGAAGUUCUGGAUUUUCGGUGGCUUGAAGUCAGGCGUCAUUUUACCUUUUAAAUGAAAAAGAUUAAGAUCUCAUGCGCCUCUUUUAUUCUCUGGAAGCCAUUCUCCAAAAGGGAAGUGCACAUUUAAAACACAGAUAUGACGGUCCUUUCUGCAGGGAUUUAAGUCUGCUUGCUCUCACAUCAUGACCAGCUUGAAACGGUCGCAGACGGAAAGGCCUGUUGCCACCGACAGGGCCUCGGUUGUCGGCACAGAUGGCGCCCCCAAAGUGCACACUGACGACUUCUACAUGCGACGCUUCCGGUCCCAAAACGGCAGCUUAGGAUCCUCCGUCAUGGCUCCGGUGGGACCCCCACGAAGUGAAGGCUCGCACCACAUCACCUCGACCCCCGGAGUCCCCAAAAUGGGCGUGAGGGCAAGGAUCGCAGACUGGCCCCCACGCAAGGAAAACAUAAAGGAAUCUAGCCGUUCCAGCCAGGAAAUAGAAACCUCAAGUUGCCUUGAGAGCCUGUCCUCCAAAAGCAGCCCUGUGAGUCAGGGCAGCUCUGUUAGCCUCAACUCGAGCGACUCGGCCAUGCUGAAGAGCAUCCAGAACACGCUCAAGAGCAAGGCGCGGCCGGCGGAGAGCAUGGACUCCCGGUUCCUCAUGCCCGAGGCCUACCCCAGCUCGCCCCGGAAGGCGCUGCGCAGGAUACGGCAGCGCAGCAACAGCGACAUCACCAUAAGUGAGCUUGACGCGGACAGCUUCGAUGAAUGUAUCUCACCCACGUACAAGGCGGGCCCGUCCCUGCACAGGGAGUACGGCAGCACGUCGUCCAUCGACAAGCAGGGGACGUCCGGGGAGAGCUUUUUCGACUUGUUAAAGGGCUACAAAGACGACAAACCCGAUCGGGGCCCAACGCCAACCAAGCUCAGCGACUUCCUCAUCGCCGGCGGCGGCAAGGGUUCCGGUUUCUCCUUGGACGUGAUUGACGGGCCUCUCUCACAGAGAGAGAACCUCAGGCUCUUUAAGGAGAGGGACAAACCACUCAAGCGCCGCUCCAAGUCGGAAACUGGCGACUCCUCCAUCUUCCGCAAGUUGCGCAAUGCCAAAGGCGAGGACCUCGGGAAGUCGUCGGACCUGGAAGACAACCGGUCGGAAGACUCCUCCGUCAGGCCCUGGACGUGCCCCAAGUGCUUUGCCCACUAUGAUGUCCAGAGCAUAUUAUUCGACCUGAACGAGGCGAUUAUGAACAGGCACAAUGUGAUCAAGAGGAGGAACACCACCACCGGGGCGUCGGCGGCCGCCGUGGCAUCCCUGGUCUCCGGGCCUUUGUCUCAUUCCGCCAGCUUUAGCUCCCCGAUGGGCAGCACCGAGGACCUGAAUUCCAAAGGAAGCCUCAGCAUGGACCAGGGAGAUGAUAAAAGCAAUGAGCUUGUAAUGAGCUGUCCCUAUUUUCGGAAUGAGAUAGGUGGAGAAGGCGAAAGGAAAAUCAGCCUUUCCAAAUCCAAUUCUGGCUCCUUUAGUGGAUGUGAAAGUGCCUCCUUUGAGUCUACCCUUAGCUCCCAUUGCACAAAUGCAGGAGUGGCAGUACUUGAAGUGCCCAAGGAAAAUUUGGUGUUGCAUCUAGAUAGAGUGAAAAGAUACAUUGUGGAACACGUGGAUCUUGGCGCCUACUACUAUAGGAAAUUUUUCUACCAGAAGGAACACUGGAACUAUUUUGGGGCUGAUGAGAAUCUUGGUCCGGUGGCCGUGAGCAUUCGAAGGGAAAAACCAGAAGAAAUGAAAGAAAAUGGAUCUCCAUAUAACUACCGAAUAAUUUUUAGAACUAGUGAGCUCAUGACACUGAGAGGUUCUGUCUUGGAGGAUGCCAUUCCCUCAACGGCCAAGCACUCAACAGCCAGAGGGCUGCCUCUGAAAGAAGUGCUCGAGCACGUGAUUCCCGAGCUCAACGUGCAGUGCCUGCGCUUGGCCUUCAACACUCCCAAGGUCACAGAGCAGCUCAUGAAACUGGAUGAGCAAGGGCUGAACUACCAGCAGAAAGUAGGCAUCAUGUACUGCAAAGCCGGACAGAGCACUGAAGAAGAGAUGUACAACAAUGAAUCAGCUGGCCCGGCCUUUGAGGAAUUCCUUCAGCUACUGGGAGAACGAGUUCGGCUUAAGGGAUUUGAGAAAUAUCGUGCACAGCUUGACACCAAAACCGACUCCACUGGAACCCAUUCUCUGUACACAACAUACAAAGACUAUGAAAUUAUGUUCCAUGUUUCUACCAUGCUGCCAUACACACCUAACAACAAGCAACAGCUCCUACGGAAGCGGCACAUCGGAAAUGAUAUUGUAACAAUCGUUUUCCAAGAGCCUGGAGCACAGCCGUUCAGCCCAAAAAACAUCCGGUCGCACUUUCAGCACGUUUUCGUCAUUGUCAGGGCGCAUAACCCCUGCUCAGAAGGUGUCUGUUACAGUGUGGCCGUCACUAGGUCCAGAGAUGUGCCUUCUUUUGGGCCUCCCAUCCCUAAAGGGGUCACUUUCCCUAAGUCAAACGUGUUCAGGGACUUCCUUUUGGCCAAAGUGAUUAAUGCGGAAAAUGCUGCUCAUAAGUCAGAAAAGUUCCGGGCCAUGGCGACUCGGACCCGCCAGGAAUACCUGAAAGAUCUGGCAGAAAAGAAUGUCACCAACACCCCUAUUGACCCUUCUGGCAAGUUUCCAUUCAUCUCUCUGGCCUCCAAGAAGAAGGAAAAGUCUAAGCCAUACCCAGGAGCUGAGCUCAGUAGCAUGGGAGCCAUCGUGUGGGCCGUCCGGGCCAAAGACUACAACAAGGCCAUGGAAAUAGACUCUCUUUUGGGGAUCUCCAAUGAGUUCAUUGUCCUCAUCGAACAGGAAACAAAGAGCGUGGUUUUCAAUUGUUCCUGCAGAGAUGUGAUAGGGUGGACUUCAACUGACACCAGCCUCAAAAUCUUCUACGAACGAGGAGAAUGUAUUUCAGUGGAGAGUUUCAUUAACAAUGAGGAUAUCAAAGAGAUCGUCAAAAGGUUGCAGUUUGUUUCAAAAGGUUGUGAAUCAGUGGAGAUGACUCUGCGAAGAAAUGGGUUAGGGCAGCUUGGCUUCCACGUCAACUACGAGGGCAUCGUGGCCGACGUGGAGCCCUACGGCUACGCCUGGCAGGCAGGGCUGAGGCAGGGCAGCCGCCUGGUGGAGAUCUGCAAGGUGGCGGUGGCCACUCUGAGCCACGAGCAGAUGAUCGACCUCCUGAGGACCUCCGUCACGGUGAAGGUCGUCAUCAUUCCACCCCAUGACGACUGCACCCCGCGGAGGAGCUGUUCAGAAACCUACCGCAUGCCAGUGAUGGAGUACAAAAUGAAUGAAGGCGUUUCAUACGAAUUCAAGUUUCCCUUCCGAAAUAAUAACAAAUGGCAGAGGAAUGCCAACAAGGGACCUCAUUCGCCUCAAGUCCCAUCCCAAGUGCAGAGUCCCAUGACCUCGCGGCUGAAUGCUGGGAAAGGAGACGGGAAGAUGCCGCCUCCGGAAAGAGCCGCCAAUAUUCCUCGAAGCAUCUCCAGUGACGGGCGCCCCCUCGAGAGGCGGCUGUCUCCUGGCUCGGACAUCUAUGUGACAGUCUCAUCCAUGGCGUUAGCAAGAUCCCAGUGUCGAAACUCCCCCAGCAAUCUUUCUUCGUCCAGUGACACUGGCUCUGGGGGGGGCACCUACAGGCAGAAGUCCAUGCCCGAAGGGUUUGGAGUGAGCCGCAGAUCCCCGGCCUCCAUUGACAGGCAGAGCACCCAGGCAGACAUCGGCGGCGGCAGUGGGAAAUCCACACCCAGCUGGCAAAGGAGCGAGGAUAGCAUUGCCGACCAGAUGGCUUACAGUUAUAGAGGACCUCAGGAUUUCAAUUCUUUUGUCCUCGAGCAGCAUGAAUAUACAGAGCCAACGUGCCAUCUCCCAGCAGUAUCAAAGGUACUGCCAGCUUUCCGAGAGAGCCCCAGUGGGAGAUUAAUGCGGCAGGAUCCCGUGGUUCAUCUGUCUCCAAACAAACAAGGCCAUUCGGAUAGCCACUACUCGAGCCACUCCAGUAGCAAUACCCUCUCCAGCAACGCUUCGAGUGCCCACAGUGACGAGAAGUGGUACGAUGGGGACCGCACAGAAUCCGAGCUCAACAGCUAUAACUAUCUGCAAGGCACCUCCGCUGACAGUGGCAUCGACACCACCUCCUAUGGCCCCAGCCACGGCAGCACGGCCUCCCUGGGGGCUGCCACGUCGUCACCACGCUCGGGCCCAGGCAAGGAGAAAGUGGCACCUCUGUGGCAUAGCUCCAGUGAAGUGAUCUCCUUGGCAGAUCGGACUUUAGAAACAGAGGGUCAUGGUAUGGACCGGAAAACAGAGUCCUCCCUGAGCUUGGAUCUCCACAGCAAGAGCCAGGCGGGCUCGAACCCGCUGACAAGGGAGAACAGCACUUUCAGUAUCAACGACGCUGCUUCCCACACCAGUACCAUGAGCUCCCGACACUCUGCCAGCCCAGUGGUUUUCACCAGUGCCCGAAGUUCACCUAAAGAAGAGCUUCACCCUGCCACCGCCUCACAGCUCGCACCGUCCUUCUCCUCCUCCUCCUCCUCCUCUUCCGGUCCUAGGACUUUCUACCCUCGCCAGGGCGCUACUAGCAAAUACCUAAUUGGAUGGAAAAAGCCAGAAGGAACCAUAAACUCCGUGGGAUUUAUGGACACAAGAAAGCGUCAUCAGAGCGACGGCAACGAGAUAGCCCACACCAGGCUGCGGGCCUCCACCAGGGACCUGCGGGCGUCCCCUAAGCCGACCUCCAAGUCCACCAUUGAGGAGGACCUAAAGAAACUGAUCGACCUUGAAAGCCCAACUCCUGAAUCACAGAAGAAUUUUAAGUUCCACGCGCUGUCGUCUCCCCAGACUCCUUUCCCCACAACCCCCACCUCGCGGCGGGCCUUGCACAGGACGCUGUCGGACGAGAGCAUCUACAGCAGCCAGAGGGAGCACUUUUUCCCCUCGAGGGCUUCGCUUCUGGACCAAGCCCUGCCCAACGAUGUCCUCUUCAGCAGCACGUACCCUUCUCUCCCCAAGUCUCUGCCGUUGCGGAGGCCGUCUUACACCCUGGGGAUGAAGUCGCUGCAUGGCGAGUUCUCAGCCUCGGACAGUUCCCUCACUGACGUCCAGGAGACCCGAAGGCAGCCCAUGCCUGACCCCGGCCUGAUGCCCCUGCCCGACACUGCUGCAGAUCUGGAUUGGUCCAACCUGGUAGAUGCUGCCAAAGCCUAUGAGGUCCAGAGAGCCUCAUUUUUUGCUGCUAGUGAUGAAAACCAUCGUCCCUUGAGUGCUGCAUCCAGCGGUGAUCAGCUUGAGGACCAGGCUCUGGCCCAGAUGAAGUCUUACAGCAGUAAAGAUUCCUCUCCCACUCUGGCUUCUAAAGUGGACCAGUUAGAAGGUAUGCUGAAGAUGCUUCGGGAAGAUUUGAAGAAGGAAAAAGAAGACAAAGCCCACCUCCAGGCAGAAGUUCAGCACUUGCGAGAGGACAACCUGAGGCUACAGGAGGAGUCCCAGAAUGCCUCAGACAAGCUGAAGAAGUUCACAGAAUGGGUCUUCAACACCAUAGACAUGAGCUAGGGAAGGCCAAGGUGGGCAGGAGGAGGGCCUGGGCAUGCUUUCUCCCGUGAGCGCGUUGGAACGCCUUAUUCAGGCCACGGAGAGCAUUCUCACAGCUCCCUGCUCUGCCCCCUGUCGGGGAGUGCACAACACGACAAUUGCAGAUCAACAAUCAUUGUCUGCCUUUUGUAGAAAAGAAAAACAAAAGUAAAUAAAAAUUUUAAAAAGUAAAAUAAAAGUUUAACUGCUAAAAUGUGAAUGUCUUUAUUUUUUUGCACAAUAUCUUUAUCUGUUAUGUAUUUAAAGAAGAAACUGGGCCUAGGACCAGGGUGCCCCCUGGCCCAUCUGCCUCUAUUUCCAUCAGCUUUCUUAUCUAUUUCAGGUAACCCAAGCUUUCCCUUGUUAUCCUAAUGAAUGUCAUUGUUCCUAGGAAAAUAAAGUUUUUUUAAAAAAACAUAUUUGUUUGGGGAGUGGAGAGGGCUUCUUACCUUCUUUCCUAAAAUGCCUGGAGAGGAAGUUGUUUUGAGAAAAUGCCUACCUCCCUUGAAUGACUUGUGCAUGAGCUAGUGCUGUCUGUAUCUGUCUUCCAGAGAUCGGCAGGAUUGGGGUUAUUUACCAGCAAAGUUAGUAAACCAGGGAGAGAUGGUGCCUGAGAGCCACACCCCUUUUCAGUCUUGCAUUGCGAGGUCACUUCCUGCCUCCUGCCUUUCCCCAGAGAGAUGAUCCCAGGUGUACUGCUCAGAGCUAGGGCUCUCUUUUGCUUGGCGUAAGUGAGCCCCACUAGAUUAUAGUCAAGCCUUCUACAGCUUCUGGGCCCCAAACAUUAAUUGGUUUCAAAAUUCUCCCAAACUAAAACCUUAUUACUUCAUAUGCAUUUUUAAUGCAUUUUGAUCAAAAGUAUAUAUAGUUUAAGAUUUUUAAAGAUAAAACUGGGAAAAUUUUUUCUUUAGCUUGCUCAAAAUGACUAUAUUAAUCAAUUAGUAAAUCCUUCUCUCCAGAGCAAGAUUUCACCAGUAUUUGUAACUAGGACAAGCUAACAGUAAAUGUUUGUGAAUUUUAAUCCUUGCUUGUUAGGAGCAAUGACUGUGAGAAUAGAAUGGGCUUUUGAAAUCUGCAUGUCCCAGUGUGAAAUUUGAGCACGGCAUUUUCUGCAUCCUUUUGUGGCCAUCCAAAGGAUUCUGCUGCAGAAAUUAUUGAUGUGCUGUAUUUUUCCUGUCUUAGUGAUGCAGGCUGCUUUGGGCCCCAUGGUUCCAAGGCCCUCGCUACCGUAGAGCUCAGAGACACGGGGCUGACCAGUGUUGACUGACCUAAGGAGAUUUCCCUUGUAUUUUGCCUUCAUAAUUGUCCAAUAACUGACCCCUCUGCCCCUUCAGUGGCAGCUCUGGUCCAAGGGAACAUUCAGCAAUCUAGCAGCAUCUGCUCAGAAGUUCCCUGCCCUGAGUAAUCUCCUUCCUUUCCUUUUUCCAUCCCUGAAAGCAACAGGAUGGAUUCUCCUCUCUUCUCCCCUUCACACCCACUACCAGAUUUUUAGGCUAGUUUCAUUCAUGAUUGUGAUUUCUCCAUGGGAUUUUUUUUUUUCUAGUGACAUUUCUAUCAUGGAAAUAAGAAGAUUUCGGAGUGCUUUUGUAAAGAUUUCAAUUGUCCGUCUCUUUCUCUCUUUGACUUGUAUGAAGGAGAUUGUACAUUGCCUGAUAUCUCUUUGUAAAUGAGAAAUAUUGCUAACAUCCAAGCAUUCUGAAGUCUUGCUUAUCCUUCUGAGUUUAGUUUUCAUUUUGUUUUACAUUUUGUUUGGGAACUUGGGGCAAGCUAUUUAUUAGAGUUUUGCAACAGAGUUCUUGUUUGAAGCCUAUAAAGACUACUUGUAAAAUUCAAACAAUAAAAUUCAUUUUAAAUGCUCUUUUAAAA